AUGGACGACGCGCUCCUCGCCCUGCUGCAAGGCGACGACGCGGCGCACGGAGGUUCGCUAUUGGGCAGCAGGCAGGCCGUCGCGAAGGCGUUCGAGGCCGCGCUGCUCGGCGCUGUCGGAAUCCCCGACGCGGAGGCCGCUGCAGCGCUUACAGUGCGCGUGCGUGCUGCCGCUGCUACGUUCCUCGCGGCACCGACACCGGGGCCACUGGAGAUGCUGCUGGUGCGGGUUGUGACACUUCUGCACGCCUACAGUGUCGUCUGUGCUCCCGCCUCGGUGAACGGUGGGACUGCACAGCUUCCUGCAAGGACGAGGGAGGCGGCAAUCGCGCUGUCGGCUGCCCUUUUUUCGCGGCGUCUGCGAACUGUGGGGAGAGAGACUGACGAUGGCGGUAAUGCUGACGCGGGUGAGGAUGAUGGUGAUGAUGGUGGCGUGCCAGCGCAUGAGUACCCGCUGUGGUACUGCUUCCUUUAUGUGUUCCUGCAGCAAUUGUCGGCGCGGGGAGACGACUUCACCCUGUGGAAGCAGUUUUUCCGCGAAUGCAAGGCUGAGUGCGAGAAGUUGACCGGGACGCAGGGGAUUUCAGAGGAGAGGGAAAGCGAUCAUGACGAUAAUGAUUUCAGCAGGAGCGAACACCUUGGUACCAAGGCGUGGGGCCUGGUGUCAACUGAGAUGUUUGACGCCACCGUUCUCAGGACGCGAUUUCGCCGUUCGGCCAUAGUGUGUAAGUCGUUUUGCCCGCACCUUGUCGCGCAGGCGCCUGGCACGACGUAUCAGCUGCGGCGCACACUACACGCAUUCAUGUCGGAGUGGGAGCAGCUGCAACGGCAGAACAGCAUACCAAGCAAGGAGGCAGAAGCGGCAGUUGUGGCGCGCUACGGCGAGGAGUUGGGGCGUCUGCUGGGCGAAGGCCAAGUGCACUCCUUUCUGCUGGCGACUGUUAUUGGGGCGGUGCUGUCCUCGACGUACAUUUUCUCACGGCGUGCCGCACGCGGUCAGGAUGCGGGGAAGCGGCACGAGUCACGUGAAGACACCUCGACGCAGAUGGAGUUGCGUUGGCGACAAGCGCACUACCCGCCCAUUGGACGGCUGCUCGACCACCUGCACAUCCGCCCGCUCCUCGCCGUGCACCUCUACGCCUUCUGCAUGCAGGUUUGCAUUGGGCUGUCGCCGACGCACUACACAGAGGCACGGCAGAAGUUGGCGCUGUGUUUGUACCUCACAGAGGUGAGCCCACUGUGCGUCGCACUCGCCGUCUAUCACUACGCCGCCACUGCAACAAGCCAACCGAGUACUUUGGAAUGGAAAGGAGGAGUAAUAACUGCUUUGCCAGGUGAGGAGCUCGCGUCCUUCACGCUGGCACUCAACCACUAUGUUCAAGAGGCACGCAAUGAACUCUAUCUCGUCACGGUUGAGGCUGGACCCACACGGCGGCGACCAUCACGGCACAGCAGCAGCAGCAACAACAACAACAACAACACCGAGGACGAUGAGCCCCUUCCAGUCAAUGGGGAAUUGCAGGGACCGCGUUUUGCCAGGACCGUAUUUCCCGUUCCCUGCCCGACGUGGAGCAAGUACCUUGUGGAGGAAAAAGUGUCAACGGGAGGAGCGAAUAAACCCACUGCGAGUGGAACAGGUGCAUUUGCGAAGAACAUUGCAUCCACACCGCGUCUGACGCCGUUACAGUUCGUGUUGGAGCUUCUGGAGUUGGGACUGCCAGGCCUUGCGGCGGACACCAUCACGCAACUACAGGUGGAGAUGAAGUUGAAUGUGUGUCUUGUACCGGCAGCUGCCAUGCCGAGUGGUGGUGGUGGUGGUGGCAACAUUGCCACCAAUGUCAUGCGGCGCCUCCAGGUGAUUCUAGAGGAGAGGACGGAGGGGAAAGGAACAGGGGGUGGGAAUGAUGUCGAGAGUAGUGCGCAGCAACAAGGAUUGCUCUCAGCACCACUGCGGGCCCUAGAGGCGUAUUACCCGCUUCUGUCGACUAUUCACGCGUACGUGGCAUCACAGGAGUUUCUUUGCAGCUUGGUGGAAGGGCUUACAAGAGAGUGUGGUAAGUUUAUAAAUUCCACGCGUUGUAACCAUCAUGACCCUCAGCAGCAACAGCAACAACAAUAUCAUCCGAGCGAAGAUGAGGAAGCCAUCAGCAAUAUGAGACAUGAUGAGGACGAAGUGAAUAACAACGCGCUGUGCAGAGGCGCUCUGGGACUGGCGGAGUCAUAUCUUAUUCACGUCAUCAUGCCAUGCUUGCGUGUCAUUGCGCCAUCGCCAAUAUUAUACGACCGCAUCCAGGGGCUGCUCCUGCUGCUUAAGGUGGAAGGACCUGUGGUGCACUUUGGCAGCAACCCUGUUGAGUUCCUCCACAUUUCCGCGUGGAUGAAUUGGUUGGUGCACCCACCAACGUCCACCUUGCUGCGGCGGGCCCCACACGACACGCUCCGCUCCAAGGAGUUGGAGUCUCUUUUCACACAGUCGCUGAAGCGCAUGACAGCAGCUAAUGUUGCGCGCUAUGCUAGUCUACUGCGUCCGGCGAUAUACGCGAACCCGCUUCUGGUGGCGGAGAAGCUGUUUCAGCAGGCGGUGGGGUACGGCAACAAUUUUUUGCCUAUCCACACGCAGCUCCUGAAGGGGGCUCCAGCAGCCGUCAUGACACUCAUUGCACACGAGGGUCUGGCGCUUAUGCGGCGGUACGCGGAAAAGGAGCGCAUCGGAACGACCGACGCUAAUCGUGUUGGGCUCAUUGCCACGUUCCUGGCGGUGCUCUGGCGCGACAACCCACGAAGCUUUGAUGGGGGUCUGCUGCUGCGGGCAGCCGAGUACGCCCUGCGCAGAGAAGCCCGCGCGUCCAUUGUAUUUGGGCUCGAACUGCUCAGGUCGAUCUUGCACGAGCUGCUCGACUACACACUCGAACAUGAGGAGCAAUACAGCGUGGCGCAGGUGCAGGCGCUCAUUUCUCCCGCUGCUACUCAGUGGUUCGUGAAGGGGGCCGCCGAGUCUUUCCGCCGCGGCCGCUGGGACGCGUGCCUCACGCCGGCGGUGCUGGCGGCCUCUGCCUCGCUGCUUCGUGUCGCACUGCAGGAGCGUUGCGUCAUUCCCGUCGAGUCACAGGCAGACAUGAACGAGGAUGAAGAAGCAGCGGAGCAGCAGCAGCGUGACGCGGCCCCGUCGACGGUAGAGUUCACGCUUGGGCAGUCCCUGCUGCUGCACCUCUGCCGCCUACACAGCCGCAUCUACGCGGUGCAGGCAGACCUCGCGGCACCGAUGCAGACUGUGCUGCUCACGUGUGCGCGGGACAACAAUGUCAUCAACGACCUGUUGCUGUGUGUAGAGGGACUUCUCCCGCAGGGGCCGCCGGUGGAGGAAAUCUACAUGCUGGCGAUGCCGCAUGUUGCCCUGCGCCUGACUGCCCGCUUCGCAGCGAAGGCUGUGCAGAGUGCAUCGGUGAGUAUACAGCAGUUCGCGGGAAUUGAUGCACUCUUCACCGUGAUGCCGUCUGAUGUUAGCGAUCACGUGGGGAGGGGAUCAGCGGCGCCGCUGCUUUCCAGAGGCUUCGACGGCGUUAUCCCUUUCGCACUUCUGCAGAAACUGUCAUGCUACACGGCUGCGCAUUUUGUUUACGAUGAGUCGGUGUACAAAGCAGCGGUGAAGGAGGUGAAUGAAUUCUUCAACCACGCCACCGCCAGGCUGAGAUCAGGCAGUGACAGCAGUGCCAAACUCACCAGCGACCCCACAAUCCGUUGGCUGCAGGAGCAGACGCGGCAGAUUCGACUCGAGAAGGAGGCCUACCAGAGGCUGUACCAGCAGUGUGAAGACGCACGUGCCACGUUGCUCGAUGAGCUUCGCCGGGGUGGUGUACUCAAUGCGCCCGUCGCAUUUGCAAAAUCAUACCUCCUCCCACGCGCACUUCUCAGCCUAGAGGACACCCUCUUCGUGUACCACUUCCUCAAGUGGCUGCUCGACGCCACAAGGGCCGAUGGCAGAAAGGGUGGCGAGUACGAGCGUGCCGUCGACAUUGUCCUGUCGCUUGUAACAGCCGUCGUGACAUUUUUUGUUGGAUUCACUGACGGUGAAUGCAAGCGGUUGGGUUUCCUGCUGAGUCUUCUUCUUGCCGCUCUGCAUGAAGGAACAGAAGAAAUGCCGUCGUCUAUGUGUGGUAGCAACAACAGUUCUGCAGUGGCAACUGACACUGGUUUGGCUGUCACGUCAGCGACGACCAUCACGAAGGAGGCGCUGAUGGCGUGCUUGGAACCGAAGCCACGCUCGCUGAUGAGCAUUCUCGAACCCCACGCCACCCCUGCCGCCGCUGCUGCUGGUGCUGAGAAGUGUAACAAAAAGGAAGAUGACAAGUUAGAGGAGGGCGAGACGAAGUUUGACGAUGUGCCAGCGCAUUUGGUACAACUCGAGGCAUACCUGUGCCGCUCCCUCGUGCAGUUGCUGGUACAUCAAAAAGACAUCCUUUUCCUCCACCGAAAUACUUUUCUCAUUCUGGAGCGUCUUACGAAAACCACACCCGCCUUUCCGUCAACGCUGUGUGCGACGGAGUGGCUCAUCAGCGCCGUCGCGCCGCACGCCGUGCGGAGCUCGUCAAGCUACGCCUCCGCAACAGCAGUGUUGAAAGUGCUGCAGGACAACCAGCAGCGGAAGCGGCAGGUGCUGCGGGGGACCAUGUCGGCGCCUUCCAUCACCCACACACUCCAGAAGCGUGGGCGGAACAGCAGAAGUGGUGGGGAUGAUGUAAAAAGCGCAGCGGAGCGGCAAACAGAGGCAUGGCGGAAUUUUUUGAAGACACGGGAGACAUAUGUGCGGCUGUUGCUCAACGCCGACAUGGCGGCCGCGGAGGCGCGGCGUGCCGAGGACGUCGGGCGGGAAAAGGCGCAGGACGAGGAGGAGGAGGAGCUCGAAGUGAUGGCGGCACAAGCGGGGAGCGUGGAUGAUGGUGACGCGGCGACAGAGCGCAGCUUCGCCCCCACUGGAAGUCGCAACGAUGAUGAUGAUGAUGACGAUGACGGCGUGACCGAUAAUGAGAUGAAGGAGGCAGAAGAAGAAGAGGAGGAAGAACGGCGGCAGAAGCAAGACGAGGAGGAGGAGGAGGUUGAGCCGGAAGGAACAAUGACAACUGGAAGCCGUUGCGGGAGUGAGGUUGGAAGCAGCAAUUCCACGCCGGCGCGCAACGAGGCGAAGAGAGGCCGAGACGCGGCGGACAGCAACGGCAGCAACAAUAACGGGGACGAGAAGGAGGGAGACGGCAGUGGCGGCGGCGACGACGAUGACCAGCCGCCAAAAACAGUUCUUCGGCUAGAGGAGGAUUGA